CUCUCUGACUGUCGAUUUUUAAUUGGAAAAAAUCUUCACGUCACUUGCUUCUUCUUCUUCUUCUUCGUCUUCUUCUCAUCCUCUCUGCAUUUUCGUUCUUCGCAAACACCAGGUUAAGGAAAAUCCGAUUUUGGGAUUUUUUUUGUUCUUAUCUCUGUUUGAUCCGUGGUGGGUUUUUUUUGUCCGAUCGAAAACGAGCAAAAAUUCGAGCUUCCGUGUCUGGGUUUUGCCCUCGUUGAUGAUCAGUUCCUGAGGGUUGUCCUGCAAGAUGCUUGUGUCUGCACUUCUUAUGUCCGUUGGAAUCAACUCUACACUCUGUGUAUUGUUCUUCAUACUCUACUCUAUACUGAGGAAGCAACCGGACAAUUACGAAGUCUUUCUGCCUCGUCGGCUCGCUGCUGGAACAUCGAAAAACCGACGUUCGAAACUGGCAAGAUAUAUGCCUUCUGUUCGUUGGAUCUCAAAAGCUUGGAGACUAUCGGAAAGCGAACUUCUUGAAUCCUCGGGCCUCGAUGGCGUUGUGUUUAUGCGUAUGAUAACUUUCAGUUUGAAGGUGUUCUUGUUUGCUGGGAUCAUAGGGGUUUUUGUUCUAUUGCCUGUGAAUUGCUCUGGAGACCAACUUCACGAGAUCGAUUUCAUCGAUUGGUCAAACAAUUCCUUGGAUCUGUUUUCCAUUUCGAAUAUCAAAAGCGGUUCACCGAGGUUAUGGUUUCACUUUGGUGCUAUAUAUAUAGUGACUGCAUUUGUCUGCUGCCUUCUGUACUAUGAAUUCAGAUACAUUUCUCUGAAAAGAAUCGAGCAUUUCGGCUUGUCCAGACCUCAGCCGCAACAAUUCACAAUAUUAGUUCGUAAUAUCCCGGCUUCAGCUGGGAACACCCUGAGUGAUACUGUUGAUAGAUUCUUCAGAGAGAAUCAUCCCUCUACGUAUCAUUCUCACGUCAUUAUCCGUCGGACAAGUAAAUUACAGAGCAUCAUCGGUCAAGCCAAAAAACUAUAUAAAAGACAGAAACAUGUGAAGUCGAAUGCCCGUCGGGGCAAGAACAAGAAUGAUACAGUUGCAGAUCAGUACGAGAAAAAGUUACUAGACUUGGAGCAGAACGUACGAAUGGGUCAAGCGGAAGUUACAUCUCCCGGAAAAGAAGUUCGGGCUGCUUUUGUGUCGUUCAAGUCUCGGUAUGGUGCUGCAAUGGCACUCCACAUGCCACAGUCGAUAAACCCGACGUAUUGGCUCACAGAACCGGCUCCCGAGCCUCACGACGUUCACUGGCCAUUCAUUUCCGCGUCGUUUAUGCAGAAAUGGCUGUCGAAGAUCGUGAUCGUGGUCACAUUUAUCCUUCUAACGGUCUUGUUUCUCAUCCCGGUCGUCGUCGUCCAAGGCCUCACCAACUUAACUGCACUCGAAUAUUUCUUCCCGUUCUUGAAACUGUUUCUGACGAUAAAAUUUGUGAGCCAAAUAGUUACUGGGUAUCUCCCAAGUCUCAUUCUUCAGAUGUCUCUGAAAGUGGUUCCUCCUGUUAUGGAGUUCCUUUCUUCGAUCCAAGGUCACAUCUGCCAUAGCGAUAUUCAGAAAAGUGCUUGCAAUAAGGUCAUAUGGUUCAUGGUUUGGAACGUUUUUUUCGCGACCGUCUUUUCCGGGUCGGCCUUUCACCAGAUUUCCGUUUUCCUCGACCCGAAAGAUAUCAUAACAAAGCUAGCCGUCGCUGUUCCUGCUCAGGCGUCGUUCUUUAUCGCGUAUGUCGUCACAACAGGAUGGACGAGCAUUCUUUCGGAGCUUUUCCGGGUUUUCCCGUUCAUCUGCAGUUACGUAAAACGAUCAUUCGAACCAACGGAUGAAUACGAGCUCGAGAUCCCGUCGAUGCAAUACCACAGAGAUACCCCGAGAGUUCUCUUCUUCGGGCUUCUCGGGAUCACGUACUUCUUCUUAGCUCCGGUUAUAUUACCCUUCCUCUUAGUCUACCUUUGUCUAGCCUUCAUUAUCUACCGAAACCAGUUCAUGAAUGUGUACGGUCCAAAGUACGAGACAGCGGGGAAGUUUUGGCCGAUCGUGCAUUAUACGAUGAUAUUUUCGCUCGUGCUUAUGCACGCUAUCGGGAUCGGCGUAUUUGCGAUGAAGAAGAUGGAGUUAGCUACGUAUUUGCUUAUGCCUCUUCCAUUGCUCACUCUUCUCUUCAACGAAUACUGCCGUAAACGUUUCAUGCCCGUAUUCUUUUCAUUCCCUGCCGAGGUUCUGACGAAGAGAGACAGAGAAGAUCGAAAUGAUCCGAAUAUGUCUGAGUUCUACAGCAAGCUUGUAACUGCGUAUCAAGAUCCGGCAUUGUUGCCAUUUCAGUUCUCACCAGACAGGAACAGCCUCACAAGCCCUCUUCUGUCUUCUCCCCAGGUUUGAUUUGAUCCCCAUGUUAAAAAAAUGGUAAUAUCAUAAUAUUAAUACACAAACUUGUAAAAAAAAUACAAGAUAAAUAUACGAAUUUAAAAUUUUCAAAAAAAAAAAAGAACUCUUCUCAAUUCUAUAUUAAAAUCUGAAUUUUUAAACGGUUUUUCAAAACCACCAUCUUAUGAUUUAAUUUUAUAGCGAUUUUUAGUAAUAGUUUAAAAGAUUAUAAUUUAGUUUUAUUAAUUUUAAAAAGUCCGGAGAUUAAUAUAGAAUUUUGGAAGAGUUUGUCUAUUGAUUUGAGAAUUUUAAAGUUUGUAUAUUUAUUUGAUAUAAUUUUUAAAAUUUUGUGUAUUAUUAUGCGAUUCGUCAAAAAAAAAUAUUUUUCAUGUUCUGUCCCAUGUCACUUUCUUUUUGUAUCAUAUAGGCAGAUACAUGUAUAUAUAUACACACACAUAUAUAUGUGUGUGCUUUUUUUUAUUGCGUCA